AAUAAUUGCAGAAACUGAUAGUGAUAGGCCGCGUCGUGUGCCUUGCUGCUUGCAGCCUGUCUGUACAGACUGUAGUGAAGACUGUCGUGGAAGCGUCGACUGCGGCUUGGUAUCUGUGACACCGUCUCUGUCCUGUUCCCCUAUCCGCCGCGUAGAUCUACGCAUUGGUGUCGGCCACUCACCGUGGAAGGCAGAACUUUGAGGCAACAAUUUUCUUUGAAAUAUUUCAGAGCUGUAUCAUAGUGUAUGGAAUAAAUUUGUUUGGAUGUUGCGGCGGAACCUGCUUGGUAAUGUCGACCACUCAGGAAGAGGCCGAAAGCGUGCCCAAACCAGAUGACGUUCUGGAUCAGCCUCGGGAGGCCAUGCCUAGCCCUGAUGGACAGGAGGAGGACGACGAGGAGCUGGACCCAAGAGUCAAGGAUGAACUAGACCGACUGAAUACUGCAAGUGAGAACAUUAACAAAUACGAGAAAGCAAUUGGGGAUGCAAGGGAGAAGUUUAAGGCGAUAACGGACGAAGCAUUCCGGAUAUUAAAUGGAAUCAAGAAGUCACGGGAAAAGUCUAUCGCCAAAGCUCGGCCGUACUUUGAACUACGGAAACGAGCCAGACGAGCACACAUCGAUGCACAGCGCUCGGCGCAGCGUUACGAGAAGAUGUCCAGCAUGCACAAAGCAGCGCGUGAAACGGUGGCAAAGGCCGAGGCAAACGUCAUGGCUGGCAAGAGUGAUCAAGUUGCGACCGGUAUUGUUGGUCAAGACUCGAUGGCGUGGAUGGAGGUACUCAACCAUGCGACGUUAAAGGUGAUGGAAAGCGAGAAAGAAAGGCGGCGUUGCGAAGAGGAACAUCUGACGGCGUCGGACCACUACUCCCAGUUUGAAAAACGCAUACAUGUUCUCUACAAGGACAACAAGAGAAGCAUCAAGAACGCAAUGCCAUACUUUGAGCAGCAUGCCAAGUACUAUCUCCAGCUGGAGAGUGUGAAGAAGAGUAUAGAGAAGCUGGACAAGUCCAUAGCGGACGCCAAGGCACAGUACAGCUCAGCGCUCAGCAGCCUGGAGAGGAUCAGCAACGAGAUACACCAGUCGCGCGACCGCAACGUAUCGCAGAAAGCCGCACGGGAAGCCAUCGAGGGCGCCUCGGCAACGCCGAGCACUGGACCGCCGGGAGAGCGGACGGACGGCGUCGGGGCAGAGGUGAACGUGGACGCUGUGCUAGCGGAGAUGACUAACCUCACCUUCCAGUACACAGAGUCGCUGGGUAGUCUGGACGAUGUAGAUGAUGACCGACCAGAUGGCAUGUGUACACCAACAGUUCUUGAUCGGUUGGACAAGCUUGACAUCGAUGAGACCAGCAGCCUCGCGACGUCAACCUCCCAGGACCCGGACAAUCAAGUGGAAAGCCUGAGCAGCGACGGCACUGCUGCGGUCAAUGGUGUACAUGACGGAUAUGACGACUCCGUGUCGUUGACACGUGAGAGAUCAGUUGAGGAAAAGACUAGCUCUAGCGAAGAGCAGAGCACUGAGGAGCAUGGCGCGGGGACUAACGAAGUGGAUAGAUCAGAGGGUGCAGCGGACGUGGAAGUGGUGGCGUCAGACUCGAUGCUGGACACCGAUCACUCGCUGCAUGGUACGGAGCAAACAGACUUGGAGCAAGCAUCAGCGCCAAGUCUAGCCGAUGAGCUUCGGAUGGCUGGCGGAGCAGACGGUGACGAGUCGGCGGAAGACGCGUAGCACAAGUUGUCGUCAUGUUGGCCUGUAUUUCCGCAGUGCGCUGGCCACUGUGAGUAGAGAUGGCAUUGGUCUAGUGGUAGCUUUGUGCUGGACAUGCACUACCUGACAAUCUAACACACACAUACACACACACACGUGGGUGUCACUGUGUGUGUGUGUGUGUGCGCGCGCGCGUGUGUGUGCAAAUGUACACAAGCACAUGCACACACGUACACACGCACACAUGUACAGCUAACUUACAAACGUACAUGCGUGCACGCACACACACACACCAUGCACCACACACACAUAUCCACUCACGUAGACAUGCCCCCCUCCCCCCCCCCCCCCCCACACACACACACACACAUACCCACUCACGUAGCCAUGCCCCCCCCCCCACACACACCACACGCACACACACACACAUACACAUACACAGCACCAUUGGCUAGGCUUGGUGAUGGCAUACUCCUAGAACUUGUGAUCGUAGUCCAUGCUGGUCAGGGGCUACUAGUAUAUCCGAAAACUUAAAUUAAUAUUAUACCAUCUUGUCUUCGUCACAAUUUCCACAUUUGUUCUUUUACCCAGUCUCCGAUCAGAGGCAAACACUAGGUCAUGGGCAGCCAGGGUCAAAGUUGCCUAAAGCUCCCUGCAUAUAGCCCCGAUGUGUCGCAUCCUAUAUUUUCAAACACUAUUCCGAGCCUGGAUCCUGUUCCAAUUUCCUAUUACUACCAAGUGCUUCCCCAACAGAGGAGAAUGUCUUGUUGUUGACCCAUAUCUUAUCUUAUUUUUGCCGUCAAAGACAAUAUUAUCGACUAAUUCUUCGAUGGCGUGUUUGUAAGUAACAUUGAUCCUAAAAGGCAAGAUUUCAGCUGCAUAAUUUGUUAACGUAUAACAAUGAUUUAUUGAUAACCGCAAUCAAUAA